CUCAUCUUAGUUUGCGUUUUUUAUAUGUUUGAGGUUAGGUUCUGUUAGUACUCUACUUUUGUGUUUAUAAACUGUGUAUACAACGAUCACUGUUAAGUUAUAAUAUAUGUUAAUCUAGACAGAAUGACAAUGUUUAACAAUAACCCUAUACCUUUGUCCAAAGCAAAGCAUAUUAAGUAUUUCAUGCACCAUUUAAAUAUGAUUCCUAGUAGUUUAGCACACUUUGAUGCCACUAGGUUAACUAUAGCAUUCUUUGCAAUUUCUGGUUUGGACAUACUGAAUGGUGUUGAUGAACUGUCAGCUGCCAAAAAGAAAGAGAUCUGUGACUGGAUAUAUAGCCUUCAGAUAUUGCCUAAUAAUCAUGAGGUGGACAUUACAAAGCGGUGCGGGUUCCAAGGGUCGAACACUUUGACGUACAACGAGAACGGAGAGAGGAGCAGCAUCCCUCUGUACUCGUGUGGCCACCUAGCUAUGACCUAUACAGGAAUUGGGUCCCUGGUGAUCCUGGGAGACGACCUCUCGCGGGUUGACAGGCAGGCCUGCAUACAGGGUGUGCGGGCAUUGCAGCAGGAUGAUGGCAGUUUUUGCGCAACCUUGUCGGGCAGCGAGAACGAUAUGAGGUUUGUGUAUUGCGCUGCCUGUAUUUGCUACAUGCUGGACGACUGGUCAGGCAUGGACAUAGAGAAGACAAUCUCGUACAUCACUCGUAGUAUGUCGUAUGACUACGGGAUAGCUCCUGGGCCGGACUUGGAGUCACACGGGGGUGUGACGUACUGCGCUGUUGCGGCACUCGCUCUCAUGGGCAAACUAAAUGAUGUAUUCACUCAUAAACAGUUGGAAGGCCUGAAGAGGUGGACCAUCAUGAGGCAAGUGACUGGAUUCCAGGGCCGGCCCAACAAGCAAGAAGACACGUGUUACUCCUUCUGGGUCGGAGCCACUCUCAAGUUGCUGGGUAUAUUUGAUAUGGUGGACUUUGACAAGAAUCGGGACUAUGUGAUGAGCACGCAAUACGCGACCACUGGCGGAUUCUCCAAGUGGCCUGACUCUUACGCGGACCCCAUGCACACCUAUCUUGGUUUGAGCGGACUGAGUCUGAUGGGCGAGCCCGGGUUGUCAGAGAUGAACGCUGCCCUUAACAUCACACAACGAGCUGCCACGCAUCUUAAGACUGUACAGAACACUUGGGCUUCGUAAUAUUAAUUAUUGUACUAGCCCACCGCGACCGUCAACUAACAUAUAAGCCUUCUAUAGGAGUUGUCGUUUUUAUAUUUUACAAUACAACAAAUAUAAUGUUUAUAGCUUCAAUUAGUAUACUUAAAGCUAGCGCUGACGAGAGGGCUGAACGGGAGUAUCUUGAUUGUCUUAUCAGUACAAACUGAUUCUGUCAGUACUUUUCCACUUGUAAGAAGUACAGUUGAGAUAUUUGUUACACCAAAAAGUAUUUAGGUGUAAAAGUAAUUUCUAGAUCCCUAGAUGAAGUGAACCACCAAUUGUUGUUUAUUCAGUUACUCGUGAAUGGACCUUGUCCAUCCGGAUCUCAGUCAUCCAGUCCUACAGAGACUCUAUGUUCGUUUGACCUUGUAUUUUUAAGUUUAUGAAUAAAAAUUGGGAGGUGCUUAUUUACAGCUUAUUCCAUAAAAACAUGUUUCAGAACAUUAAAAACAAUGUUAUGAUUUUACAUGUUUAUGAUAUGUCAGGUGUAUAGACCCUUCUGUUUACAGCAAAUAAAUCUAUCUGUUGCGUCCAGAUGUCCUCAUAUAAUUGUAGCAUUAGUCAAAAGACAGUAUGCUACAAACUCCAAACUCCCUUCUAAGUUAUGUUGGAUUCUGGAAUAGAUGCAGGUGUAAAAAAUCUAAUGCUUUUAAAUUUUUCCUUGCAAAACAAUUUUUCUAAAUAACAUUUCCUCAAAUACUCAAGAACUAAAACCGUGUUAAACCUUUCCGAUCCAUUUAUUUUUAUAUUUGAGUCUAGAGCACUCUGAAUCAAAUUAGAAAAAAAAUAAGAGAAAUGGUGUGCAAUUACUUUUGUUUGGUUACUUAACCCUUUUAGGACCAAUUGUACGAUUUAUCCCAGGUCGGAACUUACGCGAGAAGGAUCAGUCGUGUGUUCUAUCGCCGGUGAAUUUUUGUAAUUUUUCGUAAUAUAUAUUCAUGAUUUAAAUCCCAAUGAUAUUAUUUUUGUGCUUUAUUUGUAUCCCUUGUUUAUUCCAUCUGAAAGGCAGUCUUGUAUUCAUGCAGGUAUGUUUUCAGUUUUUUUUCUAAGUGGACUACAAGUUUUUGUCUGUAAUCAUGAUAAAAACUUCAUUUUAGGAAAUAUACCUAUUUAGAUUACUUAUUCACAGAUUAUUUUAUGUUUAAAAUUUGUACAAAAUUACAUGUAAAACAAAAUAUAACAUUUCCCACUUAUAAAAUAUUUAAAUUCAGACAUAUAUAUAUAUAUAUAUAUAUAUAUAUAUAUAUAUAUCAUUUUUACAGGCCUAAGUAUAUAUUUUCAGUAGAAUAUAUUAUAGGUAAAAAUAACAACGCCUAAAACCAGAGCUUUUCAUAAAAAAUUAUAUAGAUAUAAAUACUUUCCCAAUAGCAUACAAAAUGGCACAUUUUCUAUGUACCCAAUUGGAACAUGGACCAAAAUACAAAAAAGGAUAUUUUACACAAAAUUUUGGCCUGGUCCUAAAAGGGUUAAUAUGCUAUAAAAGAUAGGUUUACAUUGUUUUCACUUUUUAAGAAGAAAACACAAAAUAUUUAUUGAUUUUUUUUUGUACCUAUGACAUUUUUAACCUUUUAUAAAGCAUGUAUCCAUGUAGAUACGUCAUCCCAAAUCAGUCUUAUCAGUUGUGUGAACGCACCGGGAGACUGCUAGCAUUAUGCCCUGGCGUAUGUUUUUAACAAUUUUAAAACGUAAAUUUACAAAAUUAGUUUUAUUGUGAUUAAAUAUUGCGAAAAAAUAUUUGAUUUAAUUCAUAUUCUGAAUCAUUAGGAGCCAGGUAGUUCAAUGCCUGUGAUUUUCAUUAUGCCAGUCUUACCAACCACAAUAGAAAUCUACUUAAAUCUUGUGGCUGGAGAAUGAAAAGGUCUUGUUUACAGUACAUUAUGUAUUUGUUGCAUAAUUAUGCAGACUGAGUGUUUUUCUAAAUUAGUGUUAACUUUUAAUUCGGAUCUUGCCAUAUUGUUGCAUUUACUUAUUUAUUGUUCUGUUGAACUUCUAUUUGAAAUACAGUAAAGUUUUGUUAAUCCGGCACGGACACAACUUGAGGCGUGCUGAAUUAUUAAAUAUGCCAGAUUAUUUGAUAUAUAUCAGAGAAAUAACGUGGACAUAAUAAAUAAACAAACAAUCACAGUAAAACACGUUUUUAUUAUCCAAAUAUAUCCUUCAGGUAGUCCUAGUUAUAUGUGGAUCUAUACAAACUACUUUUCUUACGCUCUAUUCAAAGUGCGUUGUGUACGCAUCACAAUAAUUGGGUGGAACACAGUCAAGGUCGAGGACACAUUCUUCCCAGUUCAUCAGAGCCCAGUACCGUACUGCCACUGCCAGCCUCUCUAUACACUGCUUGCGUUCUCAGAGGGCACUGGCAAGACGUCACCAUCAGUCGUUUAGAGUCACCCUUCCAUUACGAAACCUGUGCUGAGCACAUUAACUGUGAAAUUGACCUACCAUUAUUAGACUCAAUUGAAUUGAUUCGAAAAUACGAAAGUGCAUCUGGUUACACAGACUGACAGCCGAAGGCCAUGGUCAGUCACGUGAAUCGAUAUCACCCGAAGUCGGCCGAAUAUGACGCCUAGCCUCUUCUCCACACCCUCCUAAACACUGUGUCCACCACAAACAUAAAAAACAUUGUUGCAUAUUAAAUGAUCGAUGUUUUGAGUUAUUCAAGAAAAUUACUUUUUCCAAAAGGCGUGCCGGAUUAGCAAGCGUGCCUAGCUAAGGGAUGCCGGAUUAAUGGAAUUUUACUUUAUAAAUAGUAAGGAGUUAAUAAACAGUGAUAGCCUGUUAUAUUUAUAUUACAGUAAUGUUUUUAUUUUUAUUGCAAAAUCAUGUAUUUUAUUUGAAUUUUGUUAAAACUGUUAUAAUCUUUUACGUGAUGUUGCUAAUUAGCUAUAAAAAUUCUACAGUAUAUAACAAAACUUACUUAAAAUUUUAUUGAAGACGGAGAUAAAAGUGUUUGUUCUUCAAAUUUGUUGUAAGCUAUUAUUAAAAGUCAUCUUAACAUGUUUUUCUGUUCUAAAAAAUCAUUCUUAAUGAAAUUUGAUCAGGUAUAAUGAAUAUGUUUCUUAAUUGUUGAAUUUUUAAAUCAAAUUUUAUUUUUGGUAUUAUUAUAGUAUAUUUUUUUCUGUAGCAGUAUACUUGAAAUUUGGUUUAGUUUUCAUAACCUUGUGCAUGGCAUAACCCAAAAAUCUUACACUAUAAAAUUUUACACAUAAAAUUGAUUCAAACAUCUUAUAAAAUUUUUUAAAUAACUCCAGUUUUAUUUUCACAAUUUUUAACUAUAAUAGGAAUUGUGUCAUUUUAUUCUUUUAUUGCUAAAAACUGAAAAAGUAUGACAAUUUUUGGAUGUUUAUUAUAUUAUAGAUUUUUUAUUUUUUUUUAUAAUCUUGUUAUGUGUAUGGUUUUGGCAAGUAUAGUAUUAAAAUAGUUUUGAAGAUGUAAUGUUGAAAUAUUACAAUAAAAAUAAGAAUUGGAAUACUAAAAUUUAUCUAGGCCUUCAGAGUAUGAUGUUGAAGUUUGUCGUGCUAUAUUGAAUACCAUAGGGUUGCUACUAUAUAUUUUUAUAGUUCAGACCAGUUGCUUUUUAUAGUGAUAUUUUAAUGUCAAUUGAAUAUAUUAAAUUACUGUGUUGCCUACAUACUUCUUUUAGCAUUAAUUCUCUUAUCAUGGUGACUUGUACAAGAUCAUUUUCCAAGGUCAACUAAAAUAACAAAAAAUGCCUUCCUAGGAAUUGAGUCAUGCCCAUGACCUUGAUAAUUAUUGUUCAUGCAACAUAGUAAAAUAAAUAAGCACAAUAGAAUGGAAGUACCGAGAGCCAAUAGGUUGCCAAAGUAAAAACCACUUGGGGUUCAUAGAGUAAGUAGUUAAGUAUUAGAAGUUUUAACAAAAGACAAACCGUAGUUAACAACCAUUUUUGGUAUACUAGUUCAAACAAAAUUGUAAAGUUUAUUAUUUAUUUAGAUUCUGUUCUUUUUAAAUAUUACAUAAAUAGUUCUAAUGUUAUAUACAAAAUGUAAUCGUAUCUUACAUGAAAUUUGACUAAAAUUAUCCGAUUCCUGUAAUUUUACAGUAAGUGUUAUAGUAGUGUGCUUGACGUAUUGUAUUCAAACUCGUUGCUUUGGACAUUUGUUACCUGUACAUAAGUCUUAGCACAAAUUUUGUUGUCGUAAUAUAUAUAUAUUUUAUAUGUCUAAAAUAAUUUUAAUUAAUGUUGUGAUCAUGAUGUAGGCAUAAGCUUUGUAUUAAGGUAGUACAAUCAACUUUAACUAGGUUUUUUUCUACUUAUGACAACUUCUUUGUAAAGAAGACUGAAAAUAGGUUUAUGUUUUAACUAUCUCACGAGGAUUUAUAGGCAUUUUAAGUAGGAAUUGGAAAUACUUUAAGCAGACAUAAAAAAUGUGCUUUUAUAAUUUGUACAAUGAGAUAAAACUUCAAAGAAUGACAAUUUUUUUUAAUUAAAAGCAACUUAAGAAAAUUACAUUCAAAAAAUUAAAAAACGUUACCUUCUUUAGUUGUCUUUACAUACCCUUCUCUUUAUGUAUUUUAUUUUGGGCCUUUUACCAAAUUACCUUUCAACACACUAAAUUUGACUAAAAUACUGCCUACAACUCCUUGUGGAAUUUCCAGACAGUUUUUUGUUUAUAUUUUCAUGUCUUCAGGAAAGGUGUCUUAAAAAAGUUGUGUCUAAAAAUAUUUGUUCACUAACCCAACUGACCACAGAUUGCACUACUUUAAAUUUAAAUUGAUUACUUUAUAUGAAGUGUCAGGUUAUUUUAUAAUACCACAUUAAUGCUUAUGAUAAGUUUUAAAAUAAUUUCAUGUUUACACAGUGUUAUUACUGCAUUUUUAAAUUUAAAAAAUCACCGGAAAUAUAAUUUUGUGUUACCAAUUGUUUGAUUAUGACUGUUGUUUUUUAAGUAAGAUCUGAUUGCGCAUCACUUUUAUGCAAGUGUUUUGGGUAACAGCGACCAAGGUCAGUCAUUCUCUGAUUAUGCCAACCCUCUUUGUGUUCCCAUUACUAGCGUAAGGCUUAUCAAUUCUAUCCGCUGUAAAACCCACAUUGUCUUUUGAAUUGUCAACUCAAAAGACUUUCUGUUGAAAUUGAUUGAUGAAUAGUCAAAUAUGGACGACUAUAAAACUUCAGAGUUUUGUAAAAACCUUAAUAAUCAUGCAAUUAAAAACUGCCAGUUAGGCCUAAU